ACAGCGUUAAAGGAAAGGUGAAAACGAAAGAAAAAGGGGAAGGUGUUGUGGAGCUCCGGAACGGGUUCAGACAGAAGAUGGAGGUUGAUGAAUGUUCUAGCGGCGCUGCUGUGGAGAGUAAAGCCGGCUUUGUGCUCGGGAAUGUGGCGGAAGUGGUGGAGAAGAUCCUGACUUUUGUGCCGACUAAAUCCGUGUUCCGGAUCGCGAGAGUCUGUCGUCUGUGGAGGAACUGCGCACGGCGAGUCCUGAGAACGCGACAGAAAGCGACGUGGCUCUCGGCUUCUGGCUCAUCCCGAUACGAAGAACACGUUCUCCUCAGAACCCUGGAGGAAGGACUGGAGAAUGUCUUCCUGCUGCCCCAGACGGUUUUGUUAAUGAUGGAUAAUGAGAACUUUUCUGGAUAUCACAGUUCUUUCAGACAUAAAAAAGCCAGGCGGUGUCAGUCGGAGGACGAGUUGGACAUCGUGGACAGACUGAAGCGCUUGCUGCCCAGCAACUGUGACAUUUUAUGCGUCCUCACUCCAGGAAUCGUGUUGACCCCCAGUGACCCGACCUGCCACACCCCUCAGGAGUUCAUGGAGGGUGAAGCCGGUUUCAGUCUGCUCUUCCCUGCGAUGGAGGGAGUUCACAUCCGACCGUUCCACUUCUGUAAAAAGAUCCUCAGUGACAACGCUUUAGAGAAAGCAGGCUUGGCUGGGAAUCCUGACCUGAAGGUGGUGCUGCUGUUCGGAUACGACGCCUACAAAACCGGAGCCGCGCGCUUCCUUAACCAGCUGCUGGAACCUCUGGGGCGGAGUAACGUCCUUAUCGCCGGUGGUCACGUAGAGAGCGUGUUCCCGCAGAAGAGGGACUGCUGUUCUCCAGGUUCCUUCGGCGUGGUGGGUCUCACUCUGAGCGGUCCCAGGAUUCAGGGCACCUCGGUGCUUCUGGAUCAGGAUGUGACCACACCCGCAGCGGCUGAAGUCACCAUCCGCCGCUUAAAAGCUGCCAACAUUCCCGAGUCCAACACCGUCGGCUUCAUGUUUGCCUGCGUGGCACGUGGACACAACCACUACAACGGGCAGCACAACGUGGAGGCCGACGUCUUCCACAAGCUCUUCCCCGGAGUGCCUCUGUUCGGGUUCUUCGGGAACGGCGAGAUUGGCUGUGACCACAUCGUUAAAGAGAACUACACGCUGAGCCAGACGGACGCUAACGGACUGCAGCACGGCUACACCACCGUCAUGAGUCUGGUGCAUUUGGGAUGACGCGUACACACAAACGCACACACACGUUCUCUCAGGACUCCACGUCACAGUUAUUGCUGUCGCGUUCACUUUCUUUUCUUUUCAUAACUAAAAGAUGUAAAAUUCUCGUCUGCAGAGAGACGUGGGUAGUUUUUUUUUUUUUUGGUUACGCCAGUUUCUCUGAACAUUUAGCAUUUAAUCUUGGAACGUUUUAAAAUCAGUGCACUUUUAAAUCAUAAACCUAUUCAAGAAAUCGCUUCACAGAAAUCUAUCAUAUAGAAAAUGUGUUCUUUACUUUACAUGAGAACUUUUUACUCUUUUUGAAAUGACAUGCAAUGAAGAUUCACUUCUGUUGAUUUUUUUUUUCCCUCUUGAUUUGUCGUACAUGUGUUAAAAAAAAAAACCUGUUGUGUAUUUGACUAAAUCCUGUUUUUAACUCCACGUGUGAGAUUUUCUAACGAGUUGUAUCUGGUUCUGUUUACUGAACGUCCCCAUCCUGAUGCCCACCUCCAGACUAAAGAAGAAUAAUUUUUCUUAGAGGUGCAGUGACCUCCGUUUUUCUCUCCGAAUCUGAACACACACUUUAUCAGGUUGGAAUUGUGUUGUGGGUUGUUUUUUGGCUGCUCAGUGGAGCGUGAAUUGUGGAGUCAGUGUAAUUUCUUCCCACAAAACACAACUGACUGGUUUUCAAUCCUGACCAUAGACACGUUCCUGUUUAUCCAUUUAAUAAUAAAAUAAUCCUGCUUUAUCUGUA